AUGCAGCUCUAUCAUUAUACAAAAUUACCUAAUAAAUUUGAACAACCACAUGUACUUGUUCAUGAUGAUCUACUCCUUUCAACUUCAGAUAAGAUAAGACUAAUUACAACACCCAAGUAUAGUAGAAAACUACCCCAACUAAAUGAAAAACGAAUUCAACUUGCAAAGAGAAUGAUUAGAAGUAAUAUUCCGCAUAUGAGUGAUGGACAGUUAAACAGCUCUAUAUGUAUUUUAAAGGUAUAUAUUAGCAAAUCUAACUAUUCUGUGAGACUUCUACAAAGGUUAGAGAUUUUGGUUGCCUCCUGUGUUUAUAUUGCUACUAGAAGAGAAGGUUACUCAGUAACUCUACUUCAAUUAUCAAAAAAUUUUAGUAUUAAGAAUUACAAGAGCUUGGCAUGUCAAAUUAGGAAGGUAGCCCGAAAAGUAGGGAUUAGGAGUUUCCCUUCAAUUCCUAUGAAGGAUACGAUAUACCAAACUAUUCAAAGAAUCAGUAAAACGAACAUAUCUAUAAUAGAAGGUGCAAAUUGUCAAAAAAUUUGUCCUCAAAGUAAUAAAGUAGAUGAGCUUCUCUACAAAAAUAUGGAUAGUUUUUCCUCAUCUGAGCGUAAUAUUAUACUUGACCAGCUCAUUUGUUCAGAAUCCUAUAUGAGUGCAGGUAUGCAACUUAAAAAAACUAAGAUCAACAAAGAUAUUUCUUCAGUUAAUCAUAAUUUAGCAUAUAAGAAGUCUUUAAAAGGUAUUAGCUCUCUUGGUAACGAAAUACUAUAUAAAAAAGUUUGCGAUACUGCAAAUUCCCUACUAACACUACAAACAAGAAUAGACUCGAGCUCUUUAGAAGACAUAUUAAAUCCAAUUUGGUCUGUUCAUGGAAACUGCACCUCCCCAUACAUUGGAGCUUCUAUAUUUUUAGCACUUAGGGCAUGUGGAAUUUAUCAGUUCUCAAUGAGUAAUAUUGCCUCUAUAAUUGGUACAAGUCGAAGUUCUAUUUACAGGAAGAAAGUAGAAAUGACCAGUAAUAUUAAAAACCUGAUGCAUAAACUCUUUCCUGGCUUAUAUAAAUUUACAAAUACGCAUGAAGUUCUAUCACCGAAGGUGCUAGUCAGACUAACUGAACUAUUAAAGGCUUCAAAGAAUGACACUUAUAAAAUAGCAUAG